GGUGAGGUUUGGAACAACUACCCUGGUUGUGCACUAUCACCAUGGUUGAGACCCGUACUGGGAAGAGUACUAGCCCCUAUACCCAGGAACAGCAAGAGAAGAUGACCGCCUUAGUAAGAGAGAAUAAGGAAAGGAAAGAGCUCCUGAAACAGGCGAAGCUAAAGGCAAUCGGAGAGGAGCAGGCGACGAAGAUGAAGGAAUUGGAGGAGGAGAUGGAGAAAAAGAAAAAGGUUGCCGAGGAAGAAGCAGCAGCAGAAGCAGAAGAGGAGAGAAAUUGCAGGGAGAUUAAAGGAGAGAGUAGUGGCACGGCGAAUGAGGACGCCGCAAUGGAGAAAAAAAUCAGUGAUUGGAUUGCUAAUUUAUCGUUGGGGGAAGAUGAGGAGGCAGAGUUUUAUAUGCCCCAGGACGAGAGGGAUGCGUUAGCCAGUGAGCUAGCAGCAAUCGAGGACCCCCUGGAAAGGCAAGAAGUAGAGGAGGAGAAGAAGUUGGAAUGGAAACUAAGGAUGAAGAGAGAAAAGAAGAGGAGGAGGGAGGAGGUUAACUGGUUGACCGCAGAAGUGGCAAAACUGAGGGAUUGUAGACAAGAAGUGCAGGCGCAGACAGACAUGUCUGCCAAAACGGAUAAGAUGCUGGGAUACUUGGAAGUGUUGAGUGCGGCUUGUAUGGAGCGCCAAGCCAACUGGGGUCACGAUGUGGCCCUGAAGGCCAUGCGGUCAGGUUUUCAAGAUUUUGCGCGCGAUAUGGUUACCCACGUUGGAGGAGAAGUCAGACGGUUGAGAGACAACGUGGGGAAGUUCUGUGAGGGCGCCAUUGAGGGUGCCAAAGCAGUAGCCGCCUUUGAGAGCGAGGCCAGACCCCUCAAAGACCUAGUCAAGCUUAAAUUCCCACAUGCGUAUGGAGGGAAAAAGGAAGAAAAUUUUGAUAACUGGGAGGCUAGUGUGAACAGUUCCGUAUACUUACAGCACAUCCUGACUGAGGAGCAAGUCCUCGUCGCCUUCCAGGCCCUUAAGGAUGAAGCAGCUAGUUUUGCCAGGUCCCUAGCGCGCGCAGCCGAUUGUGAAAACAACCUGGUUGCAUAUUAGUUUUGCCAGGUCCCUAGCGCGCGCAGCCGGUUGUGAAAACAACCUGGUUGCAUAUUCCAAGGUUAACCCCCUUCCUCGCUUCUUCAAGCUCCUGAGGGAGCGAUUUGCUGACCCAACGAGAGGCGUUAGAGCCUCUGACAAGC